AUGCCUUCGUGUCACACAGACUGCAUUGAAAAAUCAGUGUCAAAUUGGUUUCAUAAACUUGGAGGUUUUGUUGGGAGAAAUCCAUGGUGGUUUCUACUUGUCCCUUUGUUCAUCUCUGCGGGGCUUGGGGCAGGAUUUUAUUUCCUUGAAGAGAGAGAGGCGCAUGGGAUAGAGGACCAGUUUACUCCAAAGGACGGGCCUGCAAAACAGGAGAGACAUUUUGUCAAAGAACAUUUUCCCCAGAAUGAUUCAGAGUUCUCUCGUUUGCGGCUGUAUACCGAGGGGAGCUAUGGGUCUUUCAUCGCUGUUUCAAAGUCAUCCGAUAUCUUGAAUGAGAAGGCAUUUGAGGAGAUCAUAUAUUUAGAUGGAACAGUUAGAGAGAUGGUAGGCCAAAAAGGAAAAACUUAUGAAAAACUUUGUGCCAUGAAAAGUAACAGGUGCUUUUCAAAUGACAUGUUAGAUAUCAUUAAUGGCACAGCUAGUGCAAUUAAGAAGGCAAACUUGACCUUUCCUUAUCAUAAUUCAACGUCAAACACAAUCUUUUUGGGGACAGAACUUGGUGGAGUAGUUUUGAAUUCAAGUAUCAUCGUUAGUGCAAAGGCUGUUCGACUCUUCUACUUUCUCAGAGAAAACAACAAGGCAGAAAAUGAUGAUUGGCUACAUGGGUUUACUCAAGUGUUUUCCAACUUGUCAGAUGAAUUGAAUAAGCGGCAGAUUCAAGUUUCAUACUUCACAUCUAAUUCUAGAGAGGAGGAGUUUAAGGAAAACUCCAAAUCUGUGAUUCCUCUCUUCUCCGUCACAUACUUCCUGGCCAUAAGUUUUUCAAUUGUAUCUUGCUUGAGGUUGGACUGUGUGAGGAACAAGGUGUGGGUGGCCAUCUUUGGUGCUCUAUCUGCAGGCCUAGCUGUGCUGUCCAGUUUCGGGUUGUUGCUGCUCUGUGGAAUGCCCUUUGCCAUGACUGUGGCAACUGCUCCUUUCUUAAUACUGGGAAUUGGUGUUGACGACAUGUUCAUCAUGAUUUCCUGCUGGCAGCAGACUCAAGUUCAUGACAACGUAGAGGACCGUAUGGCAGCUACAUACAAAGAGGCAGCUGUCUCUAUCACCAUCACAACACUAACUGAUGCCGUGGCCUUCUAUAUUGGUCUGUUAACUCCCUUUCGUUCUGUACAAUCCUUUUGUAUGUAUACUGGCACAGCUGUCCUGUUCUGUUACUUGUACAAUAUUACCUUCUUUGGUGCAUUUCUGGCAUUGAAUGGGAGUCGUGAAAAGGGCAACAGACACUGGCUGACAUGCAUGAAGGUUCCAGAACCAGAGGAUAGUCCUGAAAAGUACAAUAUCUGUUGUGUAGGAGGGGCAUAUGACCAGGAAACGGGAAAAGAGGAAGUUAUGCCAAUUAACAACUUCUUUAAGAUGUACUAUGGGCCAUUUCUAACAAAGACUUGGACCAAGGUGUUUGUGAUCCUGCUCUAUGCUGGAUAUUUGGGCUCAAGUAUCUAUGGUUGCUUCCAAAUCCAAGAAGGCAUAGACCUUAAAAACCUAGCAGCUGAUAGCUCAUACGUGGGUAGCUAUUACGAUAAUGAGGACCAAUACUUUUCAGAGUAUGGUCCAAAUGUUAUGGUUGUUGUGACUGACAGUAAGUUUCAAUAUUGGGACAAAACUGCUCGAAAGCGUCUUGAUAAUUGUCUUGAACGUUUUGAGAGUCUAACGUUGGAUGGUCGAUCAUUGGUUGCAAAGAAUAUGACUCUUUCUUGGCUUAAUGAAUAUGUGAAAGUUAUAAAUCCAAAUAACGAAACCAUUUUCAUGGAUAGUUUACCUGCGUUUUUACAACGAUCAGAUUUCACACAAGAUGUGAAUAUUUCAAACAAAGUCAUAAUUGCCUCGCGUAUGUUUAUUCAGACAAUCAACGUCAGUACAGCCGUUGAUGAAAAGAACAUGUUGAAUAAGCUUCGAGAGACAGCUAAUGGUUGUUCAGAAAAGUUGGUUGUUUACCACCCUGCUUUCAUAUACUUUGACCAGUAUGCAGUCAUUGUUAGUAAUACCAUCCAAAACAUUGUGGUUGCCACUCUUGCCAUGCUGGUGAUCUCCCUCAUGUUGAUCCCCAACCCCAUAUGUUCUCUGUGGGUGACCUUUGCCAUUGCCUCUGUCAUAGUGGGUGUUGCUGGUUUCAUGGCAUUAUGGGAUGUCAAUCUAGACUCUGUAUCCAUGAUCAAUCUUGUCAUCUGCAUUGGUUUCUCAGUGGAUUUUUCUGCUCACAUUUCCUAUGCUUUUGUCUCAAGCAAAGAGGUCACCGCUAAUAAGAAGGCUGUAGAUGCUGUCUAUCACUUGGGGUAUCCCAUCAUACAGGGAGCUGUGUCUACUAUUUUAGGAGUGGUGGUGCUGUCUGCUGCUGAGAGCUACAUCUUCAGAACCUUCUUUAAGAUCAUGUUCUUGGUCAUUUUGUUUGGGGUACUUCAUGGCAUCGUUUUCAUCCCUGUGUUUCUGACCUUCUUUGGGAUAUGCAAUUUUAAUUGA